CGUGCCCCUUUCCACAACGACAGCUCAUACAAAUAGAGUAAUCGUAUUGUUUCGUGGAGAGUUUGAACAGGUGCUCAUCUCAGAAGUGUAAGCAUUUAUUUCUUCAGACAGUGGAGGAUAUCAGCGCGCAUCAGCUCAAGAUUGAACAUUAUCUCAGUUCUCAAAAAGGGACCAUUGUCGGCACGUUGCAGUGCCAGCGUUUGUGUUUAUUCAAUUGUUUAUCUAGAUGAAGAGUUUCGCUAUCUAGCUCCUUCGUUUUCGAAGUGGAAAAUUGGAAACUGUGACUCUCUUUUUCUGUCUGAGAGAGAAUUUAUUGAGGGUUAUGACUCAGGUUUCGCGACUGCAUGGAAUGGAAGCCAUGAAAAGUGCAGUGACAAAAACGCUCUGUAUUGUUGUUAUCGUUGGCCUGGGCUUAGCUAGUACAGUACAACAGGCCGACGAAUACUUCGAUGAACUGAUGCGGUCCCUGCGGAACGUUAGUGAUCCGUUUACACUAGAAGGUGUUUCUAUUCCGGACUUUAAUAUUAGUAUUGCAUCGACUAGCAUUACUAACCGUAAGUUUAAAGCGGUUUUUAACUAUGGUAAGGUCAAGGGCCUAACGGAUUUAAAACGAAGAGGACAUUGUGCACCUACCCGCUGGUCGCACGGGAAUAUUACGUUUGAGUGUACGCUAGAUCUAUCGAAUGUAUUCGCUGCUUAUGGCGUCAUAGCCAAAGGCAACACCUUCGGCGGACGUCGAAGUCAGAUGGACGUCUUCGUGAGAAUUGAACAAGGGACAGCGAAAUUUGUGGCGCAAUCAUUCCCCAAUAGGCCGCCAUACAUUAAAAUUAAUGUCAUUGACACGCUCAAUUUGCGUACGGAAGUACUGCCGGACCCCGAUCUUAAUCAGAGCAGGCGUAACGAAUUCGCAAAUGAAGUUCAAAAGCAUACGACUGAGGACAUCAUACGGGUGCUUACGACUGAGGUAUCGUCCGCGCUCACUGCGGCUGCCAAAGACCACCUAUUACCUCCGGUUUAGACCGUGUAUAUCUGAUACCUACGAGGUGAAGUCCCGUUUUCGCCGUAGCGAUAUUCUACCUCUCAAUGAUACUAUUGGUGGGUUUUCUAGAGAUGAUCUUCGUGUGUUUAGUAUUCCGCUGUCUCGCGUCUGAUACGAUUGUACCUCAUCAAUGCGAGCGGAUCUAACCGUGUACGUGACAGGAGUAAUGACCACACUACGUUAAUACGUAAGACGUCUGUUAUCCUAUUAUAGAAUGAAUGAUUUAUAGAAAAUACAGACAAAGCUCUGUUAUUUUUUAAACUUAUAUAUUUACUUUAAAUUUAAGUUGAAGAAAGAUUGAAUUUGCGACGCCUAAACGGCGCCUGACUUGUUCCUUCAGUGCUCAGUUUCUGAAUUGGUCAAUAGAGAAUAGAUAUGGGCUUGGAUUCGAAGGCUUUUGUGCACCUUCUGGAGCCUACCACAAGCAAUAAAAUAAACGUCUAUAUAUAGCAGGUCAACACUCACC